AUGUCCAGAGGACGCAGCAAAGGGAUAAAAGGUUGGAAGAUGGCUGAGGAGGUAAGGAAGUUGGUUUAUGAUGCUGAAGAUAUCAUCGAUGAGUUUUUGAUUCGAAUGGAAAACCCGCGCUGGAAUUUCAUAAAACCUUCGGACCAGGCAUCAAGUCGCUCUCAAAUUCAGAAGGUCAAAAAACGGGUGGAUGAUAUCGUUGGAAUUGAGGUUCAUGUUGAACAACUAGUCGAGUUGUUAAUAGAGGGAAAAUCAGAUCGGCGUCAAGUGAUAUCAGUGUUUGCCUACAUGCUUAAGCAAGAGAUGUUCGGAGCCGCUUUCGAAGCUGGAGACAAGGAAAUGGAAGGAAGACCGCGUCGAUUAUCAAUCUAUGACAAUGCUAAAAAUCUCCAUCCAACAUGGCUUAAGAGUUUGAGAAAUCUUCAGACUUUGGAUAUCAGAAACACAAAUCUGACAAGUUUGCCAACUGGAAUCAAUAGGCUUCAGCAGCUGAGACAUCUUCAUAUAGCAAGCUUCUGUGACAGAGAGAAGGGUUUCUUGAAGAUGCCCAAGGGAAAAAAGUGGUUUAAGAACCUUCAAACACUCUCUGGUGUUGAACCUGAUGAGGAUCUAUUGAAAGAGCUGAGAAGCUUAACCAACUUGAGGAAAUUAUACAUUGGGGGGAUGAAUAAGACAAACAGUGAAGAAUUGUGGGUUUCUCUGGGGGAGAUGAAGAGCUUGCGCUCCUUUACAAUGGUAGCGGAUAGUUCACCUGAACGACCCCAAGUAGAAUCUCUUUCCAGGCCCCCACCAUCUCUCGAGAAAUUAAAACUGCAGGUGUCUAUGACCAGAUUGCCAAAAUGGUUUGUUUCUCUUAGAUACCUCCAUACUCUGUACCUGCUCAAGAAUUUUCUUAUGGAAGACCCAUUUCCCAUUCUCCAACAACUUCCCAAUCUUUUCGUCUUGAUACUGGCGUCUUCAGCAUUUUUGAGCACGGAAAUAUGUUGCAGACCAGGAGGGUUUCCUAAGCUCACACUACUGCGAAUCCUGGGAAUGGAAAACUGGAGGAGAUGGAUGCCAAUUGAGGAGGGUACCAUGCCAAACCUCAGGUAUCUUCUAAUUGCAGAUUGUCCAAGACUACUGGGGUUACCAGAAGGCUUUCAUCACCUCACAGCCCUCCAAGAUCUCACCCUAAUAAGGAUGUCUUCCUACCUCUCAUGCAAGUUACAAGGAACUGAUCAUUGGAAAGUUCAUCAUAUUCCAGAGGUUUCGAUUAUUUCACAAGAUGGGGCUGAAUUCCUAUCAAAAAGCUCGGAUAAUUAG